GCUCAGAGCCGCCCGCCAUGGCCCGCGCGCCCACCCUGGCCCUGCUCCUGCUGGGACGGCUCCUGGCAGCCGCCACCGCACAGAAAGUGGGGCUCCCUGGGCCCCCGGGGGCCCCGGGGCCACCCGGGAAGCCGGGCACGGACGGCAUUGACGGAGAAGCUGGUCCUCCAGGUCUGCCUGGGCCCCCGGGAUCGAAGGGGACCCCGGGGAAACGAGGGAAGCCCGGAGAGGCAGGACUGCCAGGACUUCCAGGUGUGGACGGUCUGACUGGGCGGGACGGACCUGCUGGACCCAAAGGUGCCCCUGGAGAACGGGGAAGCCUGGGACCCCCGGGGCCGCCUGGGCUGGGGGGCAAAGGCCUCCCUGGACCCCCCGGAGAGGCAGGUGUGAGCGGCCUCCCCGGUGGGAUGGGCCUCCGAGGUCCUCCGGGACCCUCUGGACUUCCAGGCCUGCCUGGGCCCCCAGGACCUCCGGGACCUCCUGGACAGCCUGGGGUCCUCCCUGAAGGUGCUGCUGACCUACAGUGCCCUGCCGUCUGCCCUCCAGGCCCCCCCGGGCCUCCAGGAAUGCCAGGGUUUAAGGGGCCCACCGGCCACAAAGGAGAACAGGGAGAAGUUGGCAAGGACGGCGAGAAGGGUGACCCCGGCCCACCCGGUCCUGCUGGUGUUCCAGGCGCCGUGGGGCUGCAGGGUCCCCGAGGAUUAAGAGGGCUGCCAGGGCCACUGGGGCCCCCUGGGGACCGGGGUCCCAUUGGGUUCCGAGGGCCGCCUGGCGCCCCAGGGUCUCCCGGGAAAGUGGGUGACAGAGGUGGGAGGGGCCCUGAGGGCUUCCGAGGCCCCAAGGGUGACCUUGGUAGACCUGGUCCCAAAGGAAUCCCUGGCGUGGCCGGGCCAGGUGGGGAGCUGGGUGUGCCAGGCACGGAUGGCCGGGACGGCAUGCCAGGACUCGAUGGCGAGAAGGGAGAGGCCGGUCGCCAUGGUGCCCUGGGAGAGAAGGGCCCCAAUGGGCUGCCGGGCCUCCCUGGACGAGCAGGGUCCAAAGGCGAGAAGGGAGAACUGGGCACAGCCGGGGAGCUGGGCGAGGCUGGCCCCUCUGGAGAGCCUGGCAUGCCCGGAGACAUCGGCAUGCCCGGGGGGCACGGCGAGGCUGGCCACAGGGGCUCCAUGGGGGCCCUCGGCCCACAAGGUCCUCCCGGGGCCCCCGGAGUCCGAGGCUUCCAGGGCCGAAAGGGCAGCAUAGGAGACCUUGGCCUCCCGGGUCCGCAGGGCCUCCGUGGUGAAGUGGGCGACCGGGGCCCAGGAGGCACUGCAGGCCCGAAGGGAGACCAGGGCAUUGCGGGUUCCGAUGGCCUUCCUGGGGACAAAGGAGAGCUGGGCCCCAGUGGUUCAGCUGGACCCAAAGGAGAGUCUGGAAGUCGAGGGGAGCUAGGCCCCAAAGGCAUCCAGGGACCCAAUGGCACCAGUGGCGUCCAGGGCGCCCCUGGCCCACCUGGGCCCGUGGGCCUCCAGGGUGUGCAGGGCAUCCCUGGGAUCACCGGGAAUCCUGGAGUUCCGGGGAAAGAAGCCAGUGAGCAGCGCAUCAGGGAGCUGUGUGGGGGCGUGAUCAGCGAGCAAAUUGCACAGUUAGCUGCACACCUGAGGAAGCCUUUAGCACCGGGCUCCAUCGGUCGGCCUGGUCCAGCUGGUCCUCCAGGGCCUCCUGGCCCUCCAGGCUCCAUCGGCCACCCUGGUAUUCGAGGGCCUCCCGGAUACCGCGGUCCCACGGGGGAGCUGGGAGACCCUGGCCCCAGAGGAGGUCAGGGCGACAGAGGAGACAAGGGUGCAGUGGGCGCAGGGCUGAACGGCCCCGCCGGAGACCAGGGACUCCAAGGGUCACAAGGCGUGCCCGGCAUCAGCAGAGACGGCCGGGAUGGUGCUCAUGGUGAGCCGGGGCUUCCUGGAGAUCCUGGGCUUGCCGGUGCUGUCGGGGCUCAGGGGACACCAGGGAUCUGUGACACUUCCGCCUGCCAAGGAGCUGUGUUAGGAGGGAAUGGGGAAAAAUCUGGUCCUCGCAGCGCAUAGAAGAGAACUGAAGGAAGCGGGAAGUGAUGACAAUGAGGACUUAAGCUGACAGGCCGGCCCAGGUCAACGGCUAGGUCAUCAGGGGUGGACAGCACAGCCAGUCAGUCCAGGAGGCCAUCCUGACCAGGCCCUCAGCUUCCUUCUUGGCAGCCGCUGGCUAGAGAAGCCCGAGAGCAGCCAACGAUGCCACUGUCCCGGGUCCUGUCUGCAGCAUUCACAGUGGCCAUUCAUCUGUGAUAGCAUACCUCAGACACAGGCCCUAUGGAUCCAACUACACCCAGCAUCUGGAAGGGAUGCAGGGUGUAUAUAAGGAGUUGUGUACAAGCCCAUGAGAUAAACUCAGACUUGUUUACAUAGCAUUUGUGUAAAGACUAUGAUACAAUCCCAAUAAAAUGAUAUAUUAAGUCUUAAGAUUA